AUGGCCACUGUAGCCCCCCCUCCCUCGAAGAGGCAAAAGAGAGAAGAGAUCGAGCGCACCACAGUCCAGCAAGAUGUUUCCCCUCUGCUUGCGACGGAUCUCGGGUCCUUCAAGGCCAAUUUUAUUGAUGGUGAUGGGAACCAAAUGGCCGAUGUGAUUGAGAUCAACUUUGCCGAUGCCUCCGAGAAGAAUGUGUCUGCCUUGUUGAACACUAUGAUGGGGAGGGAUCGUGAAGAAUUCACCCCCUACCGCUUUCGCAUCCACAUCCCCGGAAGGGACGUCAUUGUAGACCAAUAUCCCACAGAUUUACUUGGACUCCUUAAAAAGCAUGGCGUGAACAACCCCUUCGAAACGACCAUCACCCUCUCCGCCGAGCCCCAGGCUGUUUUCAGGGUCCAGGCUGUCUCCCGUAUGGCCCACAAGAUCUCCGGCCACGGUCAACCUAUCCUCUGCUGCCAGUUCUCUCCUCUUUCCUCCAGCCGCCUCGCCACAGGCAGCGGCGACAACACUGCGCGCAUCUGGAAUGUCGAUACCGGUACACCCGAGAAGACGCUAUCUGGGCAUACAGGCUGGGUGAUGAGUGUAAACUGGAGGCCAGAUGGACAACAGCUGGCUACCUGCUCUAUGGACAAGACUGUGCGGGUAUGGGACCCGGCGACUGGAAAGUCGACAGCCGAGCUCAAAGGGCAUGCGAAGUGGGUUUUGGGAUUGGCGUGGGAACCUUACCACUGUAAACUUGUCUCUUGCUCCAAAGACGGCACUGCCAGGAUAUGGGUCGUCAACACUGGCCGUACUGAGCAUGUGCUGAGCGGUCACAAGAGCUCAAUUACCUGCGUGAGAUGGGGCGGGACAGGCCAGAUUUACACCGGCUCUCAAGACAGAACUGUUCGCAUCUGGGAUAGCGUAAAGGGCACCCUCGUCCAAAGUCUAACCGCCCACGGCCACUGGAUCAACAACAUUGCUCUCUCUAGCGACUUUGUCCUGAGAACAGGCUACCUAGACCACAGCAAGGAGGUCCCAGAGACAGAAGAAGCCAAGAGGACCAAGGCCAAGGAGAGAUUCGAAAAGGCCGUCAAGAUCAACGGCAAGGUUGCCGAGAGGUUUGUCUCAGCGAGCGACGAUUUCACAAUGUACCUCUGGGAUCCAACCGACAACGGGAACAAACCGGUGGCCAGACUGUUAGGUCACCAAAACAAGGUCAAUCAGUGUGCCUUCUCGCCAGAUGGCACCAUGAUUGCCAGCGCUGGUUGGGACAACCAUACUAAACUAUGGAACGCCAGAGACGGCAAGUUCUUGACCACUCUCAGAGGCCACGUAGGUCCGGUGUUCCAAUGCGCCUGGUCAGCCGACAGCCGCUUGCUUGUUACUGGUAGCAGAGACUGCACCCUCAAGGUGUGGAACGUUUUGAAGGGCGCGCUGGCGAGGGAUCUGCCGGGCCACGAGGAUGAGGUGUAUGCUGUAGACUGGGCGCCGAGGGACGGAGCCAAGGUGGCGUCUGGUGGGAAAGAUAAGGCUGUCAGGACAUGGAUGAACUAG